AAGGUAUUCGGAAAAAAUGUAUAUGCAAUUUAAAAAAUUUUAAACAUGCGCGCGCAUGGAAUGCUAUUUCCACCAAUAACGUCGAACAGGAGUAUAGACGCAUUCUUCCGAGUAGCCGGCAACGUCGCAUUGUUUCUUUCGCGCACAGCUGAUGCUUGACUGACGUCAUAGAAACAAAGCCAUGCGCGGUCGAUCGUGCGACCGCGAAAGAAAGCGCACGGUCCUGGCCGCGAUCGCAUCGAGAAAACGUGACGUUUACUCGUAGCGUUGAGGGUACUCCUUGUAACCACUUUUUUCGCCAAAGAGAUAACUACGACGACGACGACAACAACAACAAGGAGAGACGAGCCGGUGUUGUUCAGUGUGUUUCGCGUAGGCGAACGUGACCAAGCUAUCCUGUCUUUCUCCGAUUCUCUCUCUUUCUACCCUUCCUUCUUAUCUCUCUCUCUUUUUCUUUCUGACGUAUUCUUUGUGUCAUCCUCUCUUCCUUUAUUUACAAAAGUCGAUUGUCAAAAUAAAAUAAUAAAAAAGAACCAGUAUGCCGUUCAUAUCGAAGGAUUGGCGUAGUCCUGGCGAAGAAUGGGUUAAAACGGUCGAAGGAUGGGAAAAGAAAAAAAUCCUAGAGUGUGCGAAUAAUAAGACGUUGUCACUUCUACUUCGAGGUGAAAAAGAUGCAGGAGACAAGAAGGAGAAGGAUAGAAAAAAAGAAAAUGCCGUCCAACCGCAUUGCCACAUCACGUUGAAGUGCACACGUGAGAUCGCCGGUUUUAAUGGAUUAAGUGACGCUUUGAAGAGAUUAGACUUUUUAUCGGCGGUACAUGACUGUCGUCGAUUUAAUUACAUCGUAAGACUUUUGGAUCUUCUAGUUAGUCACAGAAUGGGUGGUUUGAGUGGCUGUGCUCAACGAGUCCUUUUUAAUAUGUUAGAGGAAGUAGCAUUGGAAGUAUCCUUAUCGCAACAACAAACUGGAAGAUUAAGACGAUUAAUCGAAAGAGUUAGAGCAUUCAGUGCUGGAUGUUGUUGGGGUGGAAGACCUCUAGGCUCAGUAAUUUUAUGGGAAAAACAUAAAGCAGCUUUGGAAAGGAUCUUACAAAUUGCCUCGUCUAUCACUAUAACUCAGCCAGACGAGGAGCAACAACCACAAUGGUCAGAUUUACCAGCAGAAUGUCGCAGAGAAGUUCUUCUUCGAUUAAGCGACCCGCAGGACAUCGAAGCUUCAUCAGAAGCAUGCGAACACCUCGCAGUUUUAGCUCAAGAACAAAGAAUAUGGCGAGAACUAGCACAAUAUCAUUUUACUCCACAACAAAUAGCUACUACCAGACAAAAUAAUCCGGAGAAAGAUUGGAAGACUAUAUUUACUAUCGCUAGGAGGUCAUUCGGUUUGCGAGAAGAAUACGCAGAAAUGAUACAAUUAUGCCGCAAUUGUCGUUGCUUAUUUUGGAGAUCCUUGGGCCAUCCAUGUAUUGCUGAUCAGGAUCCAGCAUUUCAAGAGAAGUUAGCCGAUGUAGAUCAAGCUUCUCUUCAUGUUCCAAUACCGCCUCAAACUUUCCUUAAGUUUUUUUCACUAUGAAGGCUUUUCGUUAAGUGUUUUGUAAAGAAAAUAAUAGAUAUGCGGCAAUAUAUGCGUGCAUAUCCGUAGAAUAUGUCUGUGAAUAAGAUUUAAAAAGAGAAGGUCAAUGGAAAAAGGAAAAUAUAAGUCAUAGGAAGAAAGGAAAGAUACAUGACAAUGUGAUGAUGUGAUCAAAAAAUUUCGACAUUAUAUGCAAAUAAUAUAAUAUAGCAAAGAUAAAGAUAUUUAAAAGUUCUAUUGCACAUAGAGAUCUUAUCGUUAUGGAAAGACCUUUAAAAUAAGUUAUAUCUAAUGUAUUAUGAUUGCAUAUCUUAAGAGUUUCUAAUUCGUCGUUACGAAACUUCAGAUCGUGCAAAAAUUCUUAGAAUGCUUCCUUCCCUUCAAAUUUAUUAUGGCAACUACUUCCCAAAUCGCAAAGUAUAUUUCUGUAAUUUCUGAAAUUUGAAUAGUUAUAAUAACUUGUAAACGAUAAGUACUAGUCGUAUUAAAAUAUUGAUCGUUAGAUAUAUUGUAUAUGUGUUUAAAAAAACAAAACACAAAAAAUAUCCAACUACGAAGAUAGGCUUUCAGGGUUUUUACCUUUGUUAAGAAAGUCUAUCUUUGACUGUCUGUUCUUAGAUAGACUGCAUUAUUUUUAUGCAGCAAAUAUACAUUUGUCAUUUGUGAAAUAAUAUUGUUUUUAUUCGAAAAAUAUCUAUUCUAUUAAACUAAAAUAAUCCUGCCAAGUAAAUGAUAAUGAACUUUAUUUGAGAAAAGAAAAAGAAUUCUUGUUGCAAUUUUCAUUUACAUUUAUUAUUAUUGGAUAUGUGGCGAGUGUGUAUAUAUAUUUACAUAUUGUAACUAAUAGAACAUUCGAAGUUCAUUUUCAAUAAUUUAUCUUAUGUUAGUUGAUUUAAUUUGAUAAAACUGUUUCGUAUAGU